CCCUUCUGCACAGGAAUCUGCGCAGCCUGCUGCCGCUCCCACAAUGCACCGCGGCGCGAGUCCAGGGCGAAGUGGAAGAAGUGUACAGGCAUGGCUACACUGCGUCUGGUGUGUGCCAUCUCCAAGGCUGCAAGGCCGCUCCCUGGAAUCCUCGUCAGACCUCUAAGCCUGUCGGCAACAGCACACUCCUACAAAUAUGUGAACGCCCUUGAUGAGAACAUGGACUUGAAGGCUGUGACUGACAGGGCAGCACAGACGCUGAUGUGGACAGAGCUGUUCCGAGGGCUGGCCAUGACCCUAAGCUACCUGUUCCGCGAACCGGCCACCAUCAACUACCCGUUUGAGAAGGGCCCCCUGAGCCCACGCUUCCGAGGGGAGCACGCCCUGCGACGAUACCCAUCCGGCGAGGAGCGGUGCAUCGCGUGCAAGCUUUGUGAGGCCGUUUGCCCCGCUCAGGCGAUCACCAUUGAGGCGGAGGCACGUGCGGAUGGGAGCCGCCGAACGACGCGUUACGACAUCGACAUGACCAAGUGCAUCUACUGCGGCUUCUGCCAAGAGGCGUGCCCCGUCGACGCCAUUGUUGAGGGCCCCAACUUCGAAUACUCGACGGAGACACACGAGGAGCUCCUGUACAACAAGGAGAAGCUGCUGAACAACGGCGACAAAUGGGAAGCGGAGAUUGCAAGCAACCUGCAGGCGGACUUCCUCUACCGCUGACACGGCGAUGAAGCGAUGCGCGACGGCGACGCGACGCACGCACGACGGCACCGACACAAUUCACCGCUUAGCACGGCAAAGGCAGGUUAGCAGAGGGUCAACGAAACCCGUCCCAACAAUCAGAAGGUCGCGAGUUCAUUCUGCUCAGGGGGAGCAACGCUGCUUCCUUGUUCUCAUUGCGCGGAACUAAGGUUGAACUGAGGUUGUCCCAGGGAGAGAGGCUGGUCAAAUUGGUCACCAACACGGCAAUGUGUGAUCUACAUCCGUCGGUCAUGGCCGCCGACAACCGAUGAGAGGGGGACGCCCCAGAGCUCGUUUUAUCAGUACGAGUUUCAAAAUUGGAAUUUUAUGCAAAUGCAAAGGAUGUUUGCAGCGUGGGUACAAGUUACAGCAAUAAGACACCAAUCUAUAUUGCCUUCCUGAUGACCUGUCUGUGGUUACAUAAGUUAAUUUACUCGACGAUAGACACGUACGCAGCAUCGCACACGGCACGACACGGUUGACACGAUGCACAACUUGGAGAUGAACUCAAUAUACCAACAACACACGACACAAGUUGCUUGUGUUUGAGGUGAUGAGUCUACUGAAAGCUUGUUCUAGCGCAAUUAUUAUUUACAACUGAAAUGUACAGUGAUGAUGAAUAUGUCGGAGUGAUAAUGUUGCUUUUGCAUUGUCAACCGUCCUAGGAUGAACAUGCAGCCUUUGUUCACUGAACCCUCAA